CUAGAAUCAUGCUUCAUGCUCUGCAAUUAAGACACAAGUCUCAUCCCCCGCAGUUACAUCCUAAUGACUCCUCCUAAUUUACAUGGCGACCUUGUGAGAGCAGGACACCCACUGUUACUGGGGGCAGAGAGUUUACGGCGGGAUGGUUACACGGUCCAGGUGAAUGUGAACGACUACCUUGACAUUUACUGUCCACAUUAUAACGAGUCGAUGGCGGAGCACCGGAUGGAGCAAUAUAUCCUAUAUAUGGUGAAUUAUGAGGGUUACCGCACCUGUGACAUCAGCCUGGGCUCGAAACGCUGGGAAUGUAACCGGCCGCACUCCCCACACAGCCCCAUCAAGUUCUCUGAGAAGUUCCAGCGAUACAGCGCCUUCUCUCUGGGAUACGAGUUCCACGCGGGACACGAGUACUACUACAUCUCAACGCCGACUCACAACCACCGGCGCUCCUGUCUGAAGAUGAAAGUGUUUGUGUGCUGUGCAACCACAGCUCGUUCAGGAGAGAAGCACGCUCCCACACUACCCCAGUUCACGAUAGAACCUGAUGUGAAGAUCGAGGAUCUAGGUAACUUUAAUCCAGAGAUCCCCAAGUUGGAGAAGAGCAUUAGCGGGACAAGCCCGAAGCGGGAGCACUUACACUUGGCGGUGGCGGUGUCCCUCCUCCUAAUGACUCUUUUGGCCUCGUAGUUUUCUUGUCUGGACCGAAGACCUUGAAACUGGAAAAUAAAGAACUGUUAGGACUGCGCAGGUUGGGUCGCGCUGAAGGAUCGGCCUCCUCCCUGGAUUUAGUUUUUUGCUGUCCUCUACAGAGACCCAACCUGCGAACCCACAGCCAAGUCACCAGUGGAUACCACGAGGUCACGGUCUAGAGACUUCACCAACAUUAUCAAUAAACUGGGGCCAAAACUGGACCAAGGAGCUGCUGCCGGGAGUUGUGAUGGUACAGGAGACUGCUCGGUUCCGUCCCCCAUGUCGACGUGGCAGCCAUAACUGUGGGCUGUUAUUACUUGAGUGCCUACGCCCGCUAGGUUCCUGCAAGGACCGGAUGUGCUCCAAGUGCAGGACCUUGGGGUGACAACAGACCAUCGUGUUAGCCAGCCUUACCGUCCCUCCAUUUCUGAGCCUGUGGUACUUUGUCCCCUCUGUAACCCCAUGGAUUUCGUAGACCCGCGUGCAUUUGUGCACAGUAGCAGAACCCUCUACACACCAAAUGGUCCGCUCUACCACUUCUUGGUGCCAAUUGUGUACUACUCCACCCAUAUUCCCCAACACCUUGUAUCAAGCAACCCGACCCAGUGCAAUGGAGGACGCGCUGUGCUAGAGCUGCUCCCCUCUGCUGGGGUCGGGGGGUUCCAGACCAUCGCUGGUGGAUGCCACUUCUUCUGGAUUUCCAGGAUUUGGAUUAGCUCCCGGUAUUUUCAGGCCUUGAGAUGGAACCUAACAUACUACAGAUGUAGCAGAGCCCGGACGCAGCGGAACGAGCAGGUCCUGGUCUAGUCACGGCCCCAGGAGGGACAGUGUCUUCCCGCGACUCUUCUAAUAAUCACGUGUGGGAGGAAAUUGCACUAAGUGACCCCAUGUUGGGGGCGGUGGAUACGUGACACUGGACAGUCGGGCAGCAUGCGGAGUUGUACAUACAUGUCUAUAUACUGUCUACAUGGAUCAUGUCUUCUGUGAAGGCUCCUCCACUAUGCAAUGCACAGACACUUUCAGACCUUUUUAUCGAACGCCAUCGGCUGUGAUUUUCAUAAAACGCUGUUAACCUAGAAAAUGAA